AAUGACAUUUCUGUAAUGGGAUUGGUCAAACAGAGCUCCUGCUACUUUUUUGACAGAAUGGCGUAGACAAGGACGUAAAUACUAGUAAAAAUAGCAAAUUAAUCGCAAAAAGUCCACGAAUUUAGAUAAAUGUCUCAAGAGUAUGUCCAGCAGUAGUGAUUCCGAAGAAUUUUAUGAUGCUGAAGACAGUGGUGCGUGCCAAUUACAGAGACGAAGUAGUAAAUUAUCAAGAGAGAAUAGCAUAUCAUACAAAGCAAAUUCAGAACCCAACCUAUGUAAAACUGUAAAUGAAGAACAAAACUAUAGAAUUGGAGACAAAAAUAGCAAACAGGAAAAUGGUGAUCUUAUCAAAGCAAACCUAGGUGGUCGUAAACGUUUUAAAGAAUUAAGAAAAAAACUACAAAACGAUGAUGAAGAUGGUCAGGCAUCUUGCAUCACACCACCAGAUAGUCAAACGUCCUCAGUCGAAGGUAUCUUUGCUACAAAUAAUCGCACAUCGCAUCCAUUUCGAAUAAUUGAGCAUGAUGCCCUCAGCUUGCAAAGUAUUAAUUCACUUGGUAGAAUAGGAAGGAUAUUAGGAGGCCUUGUUGAUAACACUACAGCUAAUGUAAAAGAGGCUCAAAUUGGCGCGUCUGCUUCCACAUUAUCGACAAGCUCUGAAUCAGCGUCUAGUUCGAAAAAUGUUGUACAAUAUCAAAAUUUAGCCGCUCUGUCAGAAAAUGCGCAACCACAGAAAGUAAUCGCACUCCAAGAACCUGACGUGAUCGCUAGCACAAAAUCCUCAAACUCCCUAAAAGUUCAGUUGGAAUCAAAGAAGGAGAUUCCUGUUGCACCCCCAAGGCGGAAAAAGAAAAAGAACAAAAAUGUUACUAGUCUCCUUUCCCUUCCACCUGUGGAAUCAACCAGUGCAGGCACAUUCUCUAAUUCUAACUUGGCUAGUCCUGCAAGUACCAUUGAAUCUCUUACUCGAGAAUUCGAAGAUUCGUUAGACAAGAUGCCAACGACUGCAAAUGUGAGAAAGUCCUUACAUUCUGACAAGAGCUCUAUUAGUUCGCAAUCUUCGAAAUCAAGCACAUUGAAAUCAGUACAUUCAUUAGAUUUGAGACAGGCAAUUAAAGGACAGUAUGUAGUUAAACCCCAAGACGAUGAUAAAUUUAAAGCAGCCAAAUCAAGCCGCGAAGAGAUGGAAUUUCUUCAAUUAGAUGAUAGAAAAGAAACCGAUAAACAGCCCAACGUCAGUCCACGGGCGUCUAAAAGUCGAGGAAGCGUAGGACAUAACAGUUUAGGAUCGCACAGUUUUAUUUAUAGGGAUAGUAGGCAUGUCAUGUCAACCGAUUCGAGGGAGCGCCGCAGGUCAGCUGGGGACGAGAACAUGUUAAAACAAAUGAAUAUUUGCGUCCGUACACGUACCGAUUCAGGUAAACGGUUAACCGAUCGAGAAAUUCUAGAACAAGUAACGGUUCUCAACCUGGACACUGGGGAACGGGUUCCGUUAAGUGUAGCGGAAGAAAAACUACCCCAAGGAAUCAAUCCUUUAUCGUUGCACAUAAUGCGUCUGACUUCUGAAUACGUAAGCAAUUCCAGUCUGGAAAAAGAAAAGGAAUCAGACGAGGAAAGCGUGGGAAGUAAGAAGUCGGAACCACCCCCAGGUGAAGAAAAUGAUGCGGAUGUUAGUAGGGUUGUACGGAAACGGACGGCUAAAAUCAAACGGUUUCUUGGGUCGACAGUUAAAAAAACCAUGCACAAGGCUAAGUCUAUCGCGCAAGAAGUGUCGCACGCCCGGCACAAAGAAGACGUGCUCGACAUUAUCGACGAAGUCAAUCCAGGAGAACAAAAUAUUAAAUUAAAGGCAUCUAAUUCACAUAAGGGGCCGUACGAGUUGGAAAAUAUUCAGCAUGUACAGGAGAUUAAAGACGAACACCAAGGUGCCAUUUGGUGCAUGAAAUUUUCUGUUUGUGGACGACUGCUUGCUACUGCUGGACAAGACAAAGUGCUACGGAUUUGGGUCAUAAAUGACGCUUACGUCUUCUUCCAGGAUAUGCGUUCUAAAUACAAUGCUGAAAAGGUCUCACCAACGCCUUCUCAAGAGUCUUUGGUAUCCCACCAUUCGAUAGAUGACAGCAGCCCAGCUGCCCCAGAAACUAGGAAAUCGGAAAAGAACAAGCACAUCUUCGUCUCAAAACCAUUCUGCACGUACACGGGACACACGUCAGAUCUUUUAGAUGUAUCAUGGUCGAAAAACUAUUUCAUUCUCUCCUCCUCCAUGGACAAAACGGUUCGAUUAUGGCACAUUUCUCGUAAAGAAUGUCUGUGUUGUUUCCAGCAUAUCGAUUUCGUGACCGCCAUCGUUUUCCAUCCAAGGGAUGACCGAUAUUUUCUUAGUGGAUCUUUGGACGGGAAAUUAAGACUUUGGAACAUUCCAGAUAAAAAGGUUGCAGUUUGGAAUGAAGUAGAAGGUACAUCACGAUUGAUAACAGCUGCAAAUUUUUGUCAAAAUGGUAAAUUUGCUGUUGUGGGCUCAUAUGAUGGUCGCUGUAUCUUUUAUACAACCGAUCAGCUCAAGUAUUAUACUCAAAUUCAUGUACGAUCGACGCGGGGGCGGAAUGCCACUGGUCGCAAAAUAAGUGGCAUUGAACCGAUGCCAGGUGAAGACAAAAUUCUUGUUACUUCGAACGAUAGUCGCAUCAGAUUAUACGACCUACGAGACCUUAGUUUGUCGUGCAAAUACAAAGGAUACGUUAAUGUUAGCAGCCAGAUAAAAGCUAGUUUUAGUCCGGAUGGUAAAUACAUAAUAAGUGGUUCCGAAAAUCGUGAUAUUUAUGUGUGGAAAACGAACCAUGACUACAGCAAGUUUUCCUCGGUACGAAGAGACAGGAACGAUUUCUGGGAAGCCAUUAAAGCGCACAACGAGGUCGUUACAUGUGCCAUUUUUGCUCCGAACCCUGAAAUGAUAUUAAAGAUGGUCGAGGAGCAAUGUAAAGAUAUGGAUAAGAACGAAAAAGCAGAAAAGGUUAGACAAAUAGUAAUUCAUUAUAGCUUAAAAGUUAAGUUUGUAUUACUAAUAGGUAUUAUUACUAAUGAAAGUACAUCAAAUUAACAUUUGUUGUAUAUUUUACUUAUAACUGUGAGCUCGGAACUGUUUGCACUAUCGCUUAGAGUGGUUAAAAUUUACUUUUGUGAACAAUUUGUUUAAUCACUUU